ACAGAAGUAUUCGUAACUCGAAUCCAGUGAGUACGUUUUCUCAGCUUUCCCGUGUCACGGUGUCGCGAGCACGUCUGUCGUUGACGCUCGCGGUGUCGGUUGGUUUUAUCUAAUCUGUGGAUGAAAAUUAAAUUCCGUGAGUGUUAGUACCGGUCACAAGUGUUUGGUUGAGCGUACAUGAAUUGCACGAGAUCGGAAGAGUCGGCAGGGUCCGAGAAACAGAGAAGAGGACGAAUGACGAGGCCAGGCAACGAGUAAGAGACGAGCACGGGAACAGACAGAGAAAGAGAAAACAGUGGGGAGCAGGAGACACGGAACGAAAAGAGAGACAGAGAGAGAUAGAGAACGAAACGAAAUAGCAAAAGAAAGAAGCUAGAAGUGUGUCGGGCCAGUGUAUCGAGGAAAGAGCUGGGAAAUCUUGCUUUUCCUCUUCGUACGGCUGGAUCGUUGGGGCAGAGGGUGUGCGGGUGGGUGGGGUGCCAAAAAGAGAGAAACAGAAACGAGACAGCUCGAAAAAGGAAGAAGUAAUCCAGCCACGAAGGGUGUACGAGCUGUGCGUCUCGGGGAGGGAAGAGUAUUGUGUCGACAAACGAGAGUGUGAGAAAGAGACAGUGCGGUGCCGUGUAAACAUACAUCCUAUUGCCGUGAGUGCGUGCGCGAGUGGCAAUCAGCGACGACUUAACAUCAUCGUCGUCGUCGUCGUCGUCGUCGUCAUUGUCGUUGAACGCUGUCGUUGUCGUAAUCGUCGAGAUAGUGCAAAACUGCGUGGUCGGCGUCUCCUUCUAACAACUAAAGGAGACGUUAACUUGUCGAGACAAACGUACGAAAAAUCGACCAACUAACGUGUUUAUCAAUCGUCACGGUGUAUGACACGCGUAUGAAACUUCAUCACAAAUGACAGUCCAUCGAGUGAGAAGGGAAGUCGAGUGCUGGCUGGAUUCGUCUGUCUAGCGGGCAAAGCGCGACACGAGAUGCAUCGGAGGGUGGGGUACAGCAACUACGAUGGCAAGAUUGCCGGCCUCUACGACCUGGAGGAGACGCUUGGCCGUGGUCAUUUCGCCGUAGUAAAGCUCGCCAGGCAUGUUUUCACCGGUGAGAAGGUCGCAGUGAAGGUCAUCGACAAGAGCAAACUCGAUGAGGUUUCGAGAGCACACCUUUUUCAAGAGGUGAGAUGCAUGAAGCUGGUGCAACAUCCGAACGUGGUCAGACUUUACGAGGUGAUAGAUACGCAAACGAAGCUCUAUCUGAUCCUCGAGCUUGGCGAUGGCGGCGACCUCUACGAUUACAUCAUGCGCCAUGACAGCGGCCUCAGCGAGGAGGUGGCCAGAACGUACUUCCGGCAAAUAGUCAGAGCCAUAUCGUAUUGCCAUCGAUUGCAUGUGGUGCACAGGGACCUGAAACCCGAGAACGUGGUGUUCUUCGAGAAACUCGGUACCGUGAAGCUCACCGAUUUCGGAUUUAGCAAUAGAUUCUGCCCUGGCCAGAAGCUCGAGACUUCCUGCGGUUCCCUUGCGUAUUCGGCGCCGGAAAUCCUACUUGGCGAUAGUUACGACGCUCCUGCCGUUGAUGUUUGGUCACUAGGCGUAAUUUUGUACAUGCUAGUGUGCGGUCAAGCGCCUUUCCAAGAGGCGAACGACAGCGAGACCUUGACUAUGAUCAUGGACUGCAAGUACUCGAUACCGCCACACGUAUCCGACGGCUGCAAGCGUUUGAUCGCGAGGAUGCUCGUUAGGGAGCCAGAGGGCAGAGCGACGCUCGAGGAAAUAGCAGCUGAUCCUUGGCUGGCCAUUGGACCCGACUUAGAUUCGAUGGAAGCGCUGCCUUUGGUCUCGAGACAACAGGUGUCUGAUGAUCAUCAUAAUCAUAUAAUAACUAAGAUGGUCAACGGGAACAUUGCCACCAAAGAAGAAAUAUUGGAAGCUCUGGACAAGAACGAGUACAAUCAUAUAACAGCAACGUAUUUCUUGCUAGCGGAAAGAAAAUUACGAGCUCAUCGUCAGGAACAGGUGCAGAAGACACGUCCGGAAAUCCUCGAAGUAUCGCCUAGCCGGCAAGAUGACGUGGCCACUAAUAUGCGUACCGACCAAAAUUCAUUGAGCACAGUUAACCAAUCGCUGUUGAGUGUGCCACGGACACCGGGUGACGUGCCUCAGAAUAUUCGAACCCGGAAGUGCAGCAUCGUCCAGGAGGAAGAAGACGAGGACGAUGUGUCCUCGUGCUCGGGUCGCGACGAACGCGGCAGCAAUUCCACAUUGAACUCGUUCAAUCGUCGUGGUUCCCGAUCUGAGGGUAAAUUGUCGCACAUCCUUCAAGAGAGGCUAGCUCAACUUCCGGAAAAACCGAAUCACAAGCCUAUAUCGUCCCAGCGGAACUCGCAAAAGGACAUUAACGUGAUUCCAGUAAUCACGGACGGAGAGGAGCGACUGAUGUCUAGUCCAAAGAGCGGGAACAGUGAUUCCUCGUCGCCUGUCCAAUCCCAGAAAUCGGGGGUCAGACCUCAAGCGGGCAAUCAGCUCGCGGACAAAGUACCUGCAACAACGAAAUUCGACUCGACGAAUCAAGAGAACCUGAAAAAUCGUUUCGACGAUUCGUUGCCCGGCUGGUCGAGAAGAGGAUCUUCGGAAAACAGGCCGAAAUCGGUAUCAGACUGUUUAAAAUCGAUGGGACCUGUCCCAGCGAACAAAUGGAGGAUGGGAGGAUCGCAACACCGGUCAUCUGCCUCGUCGCUGGAUUCUUCGUUGACGAUGAGUCCGUCGAAACCGUCCGAAACUAGCACGACUACUACCACGACCACCAUCCUAACGGAAUCGUCCACAGUGUCGAUCCCUCUGAGGCCAUUGACAGGGCUCAACGAUAAUCUGUCGUUGACGCCUAAAUACAAGACCAUGCCAUCACCAGGAAGCACUGGCUCCACGUCUACGCCAUUAAAUGAAAUUCUAGAAGACGGGGAUGCGUUGCCCCUAUCCGGCAGCGAGAGCGGUGGUUCCAAGUGUCGGGUAGUCAGGAGGACGGGAUACGAGCAGAGGAAGAGCAAGUUUCACAAGACGCGUACGACAUCCUGCUCGAGUUCCGACGCUAGCGACGAUGACAGUGAGAGUAGGAAGAAAAGGGCGCACAAAUUGAGCACGUCUGCGAGCAAGUCGAUGUCUUCUCGUCGUGACAGUCACGACGAUUCCAGCGAUUCUCAAGAUCCUGGAGGGAGCGGCGGUGGGGGUGGGGGUGGAGGCGAAGGUGGAGGAGGCGUAGGAAACGGGGAGCAUACAACGGAAACGCCACCGAGUGAAACGAAUCGCAAAGACAAUGGAAACAACACCACUACAACAACGACCACAACGACUGGAGGAAGGCAUCGGUGCUCGGAAAAUCAGGUUAUAUUCGGCAGAAGACAUCGCGCGGGUAGAAGAAGAGCUGGUGAAACGCGACUGCGCGAGAGCCAAUCUUUAAACCGCAUCACGGAAGUCCAAGAAGCGGAAGGACCGUCGGCGUGUCAUAAUCACCACGUGUCACGCAACUCCGCUGUUCUAGGAGUUCAAAGCAUGUCCUCCUCGUCGUCCUCGGUGUCGCAGAGCAGCACAGGCUCUCACGGAGUUCCCCAGCCCUUAUCCCAAGCAGCAACGACAGUUCAAAAGGCCAAAGGUUUCGGAGCAAGGCUUCUGCAAAGUUGGUCCCUCAGCGCCGGCAAGUCCUCGUUAACUCAGCCGUCGAACAAACACACGAAUUGCAGCCCCAACGGCAGAUGUACCAAACAAGAGGCGCAACGGGAUGCUUGCCAGAGGAUCGAGAUGUGCGACGAAAGGGAAUUGAAUGGUGGCUCGGUUAAUCAGAUACCGUCCAACGACAAAGAAAAUAGGAACGGGUCGAUGAAUAGGAACGAUUGCAAGAACAGGAAAAUCCGGUUGCUUAGUCGAUAUUUCGCUGUGCAUAAGAAACUUUGUGUUCCAUUGCCAGGAUUGUUCGGCAAAGGCCGGUUGUACAAAGCUCGUUCUUGCGGUAGCAUUGCUCGGGACCGCGUCAGUCCACCGUCGCCUAAAUCAAUGUUGUUUUGCGCCACGGCCGACGACAAAUGGCGGGAUCGUCGGCAGUGGUGCGACGUGAAGCAUCAGCAUCGUGGCAGCGAUGGGGACAUCAAUCAGAACUUGGGUCUCUCGCAUCUGGUUCAAGAGAGCGUGGUAGGUAAAGGUUGCAGCGCGUUGCCCGCGGUUUGCCACAUCCACCUGGGCGAUGCAUCCAAAUGUUGUAGUCUCUGUUGAUGAAUCUGCACGGCGAGUAGAUUGAUGCACAAACGACGACGGAGAAAGACACCGUGGGUCGCGUAAUUUUGACCUGAAGUCGCUGGAAUCAUGGUCCAUGCGACCGAGUAGACGGGAAUCGUCACUGUCCCGUGACGAGUAAUGAUUGCUCGCGAUCAGAGGAAAUGGAGAGGAAGAAGGCGCGAAGAAGAAGACGCGAGGGAACGUAAGGAGACGUAAAGAGAUACGAUUAUUACGAAGUGCAAUCAAUUUCAUGAUGGUCGUUUUGCGUGCAGAGAGGGAGAAGGAAGAAGAUAGAGGGAAAAGGAGAGUGGAUGGGAAGGAAGAUACGCAAGAAGAUGUGGUGUGACACGAUUAAACGCAAGAUAAAGAGGAUCUUCUUGUAUGCGAUGCGCCGUGUUGAUCGUGUAGUUAACAACCGCGGUCUCUCAGCCGAUUACGCAGCACGCGUCACAAUGGUCAAUGUAUUCAAUCGAUCGUGUCAUGUCCCCUCCAGUAGACCGAUGCUGUGCCAGCAGUAUCCCGAUCCUAUCCUUUUCAAACGCGACGCGCGUAAUCGAAAGAGACUAGAAAUAAUAAGGGUCAUGUCGGAGAGGGAGAGAGCGUUAUCGAUCGAUCUUUCGCUCUGCGGGAAGUGUAUCUAGUCCGUGUGAACAAACCUAUAUUAAAAAUUACAGAGUUUAUUAUUAUUAAUAUUAUUAUUAUUGAUAUUUUAUUAUUAUUAUUAUUAUGAUUAUUAUUAUCGACUAUAAUUAUUAAUAUUGUCAUUCUCUUAGUUAUCGUAAUGCAGACAUCGACCAAAUCGCACGCAGAGUCGCGAGGAAAAAAAAAAAAAAGAUCAUCCGACGUCCAUGGACAUUGGAAUCUCGCAACUUCGAAGGUUCUUCCUCUUUGUUCCGCUUUAUUUAUCUGUCUGUCCCCCCUGUCCAUUUAUCCUUCUCUUUACUCCUGGUUCCUUCCAUGGAUUGCGAUCUUGCUACUUUUUCCUACGUGUAACGUAGAAUAUAUUCGUGGCUGUUGCACAAUAGCCUGCUCCAAGAGUGAGCAAAACUCUGUGUUUCCUUCAACGAGGGAGACUAUACUUCUAUAUGUAACACGCUAAUCGAUUAGGCUUAUGCGUAUAGCGUAUCGAUCGAGGAACGUCUUCUGUGGUGCUAUACGCGAAGAUCUGACGCGACGAAGAAGAAAAGACAACGGAGGAAAAUGGAAGAUAUUGAAUUUUUUUAAACUAUCCUUUUUUUAUAUUAUAAUUAUUAUUAUUAUCAUUAUUAUCAUUAUUAUUAUUAUUAUUAUUAUUAUUAUUAUUAUUAUUACUAUUAUUAUUAUUAUUAUUAUUAUUAUUAUCAUUAUUAUUAUUAUUAUUAUUACGUCCUAGGGGAUGAAUACGAUGAUACGAUACGAAUGGAAAUGAUGGAAGAUGUGCAUAGGAAAGGAAGCAUUGAAACUCUUCGAAAGAAAGUUUGAAUGUGAAAAGUUCUGAACUUUCAGUUUUAUAGAGUGCUCGAGUAACAGAAAGAGAAACAAAGUGACCUGAAUAAGAGUAAAGUUGCUGCUAUAACUUUUAAAGUAAGGUACAAGGUUUAAGGGAAUAUAUAACUUUGCUGCCACAAGGGCAUAAAAAUCAAAAAGUUUUGCCCAUCGAUCAUUGUUAGUUAAAUCAAUGAACAAGAGACUGCUAUGCUGUUUUUUUUUUUUUUUUUUUUGAAACUAUAAAUCAUAGUUAUAAAUCAAAAGAAAAACUGUUCUUUAAGAAGAUUCAACAUUCUGAUACCAAAGCGACAAUAUAAAGAUCUUGGAAAUUGUUUGAAUUGAAAAAAAAAAAAAAAAUGAAAUCUCCUAGGACAAAUUUUCGUAAUUGAAAGAUCUGCAUAUGCACGAUUUCUUCUCGUCGUCAAGUUCAAGAGACGAUCCUCUUCAUCCAUCGAAGCUAUUGGCAGCAAGUGUCAGCGCGCUUGCCGGCUGAGCGCGUACUUCAUUCUUCAUCCUCUUCAUUCUGAACGUCAUCGUCAUCGUUGCCGAAUGCACGCGUUCAUUUUGUUGGAGAACGCAGGAUGACUGUUGCUUCAUGAGAAAUAUUUGCUGAAACAAAUGUAACUGUAGAGUAGAAUGUGUAACUGGGAAUUUAUCCAUGACAAAAUACGCUCCUUUUCUGCGUCGAUCAAUAAAGCUGCUGAAGAUUAGGUCAGAUAGAGAACUUUGUGAAACUUCACGGAACUCUGUAAAUUGUUUGCUUCGAAUAUAGAACGCGGGCCAUUCGGCAGAAUUCUCGUUGAAUUUAAGCGAUGUACGUGCACACGCUUUUUCACCUUUUAUAUAUAUGUAUAUAAAUAUAUAUAUAUAUAUAUAUAUAUAUAUAUAUAUAUAUAUAUAUACAUAUAUGUCGCCAUGAUGAGGUGGUGCAUCGAUUGAAGAUCGAAAUUGUGUAUUUGUUUUAAUAGCAUAAUAGAAAAAAGUUAAUUAUAUUUAACCCCUUGUCUUUGAACAUUAAGUAAUACGUGGUAGCGAUUGAUAAAUUUAAGAUAAAUUUAAUAAAAUUUAUGUUGAAUUUUUUAUUUUCAAUAUUUCAUCAUAAAUCAAUUAUUUAAGUUACAUAUUAUAAAUAAUAUUUUUAUAUUAUUUUCAUGUUAACAUUUACUAAGCACAAGGGGUUAUAAAGAAAUAAAAUAUAUUGAAUAUUUCGUAAAUUUGUAUUUCUAGGACUUAUUAUAUAAGCGAUACAUUUUUUAGAAAAGAUAUAUUUCUUUCACGUUGGAGUUUAAGGAUUUAUUGGUACUGCUGAUAUAACAAUUGAAGGAUUUAUAACAAAUGCAAUUCUUGUCAAAUUUUAAUUAUGAUUUGGUUUGAUAUUUUAUUGUUAUUUAUAAUUUGAUUUCCUAAUAAAGAAAAUUCAAAUCUAUUGAAUGAAAAAAAAAUAAAAAUUGACAAGUGUCGUUUUUCUAUAAGUCCUUCAAUUUUUCUUAACUGAUUAAUGUUUUCUAAGAAAGAGUUACUAAGUAGUAAUGCUGAAUAACUAUUUGCUCUAGUUGUGAAUCACUGUCAGUAUUUCUUACCGCGAUAUAGUGCGUUUGUGACACUCUAAAACAUAUCUAUAACAAUUUUUCAAUAUCUAGAUAGAUAUCGUAGGAAUCGAUUUGUGCCAUUUAGUCUCUCUCUCUUUUUCUAAAUUCGCUGUAUAUGAUAUAUAACUAUUGUUCGUGGACAUAACACAAUCUAAUUCUAGAUAUUCGUAUAAAUUUAGAAUUGAAAUUUAAUAUCACAACAGGGACCACAUCAUCGCAGUCCAAAAUUCGUCUCAUUGCUUUCAUAGAUUAGUGGAUAGAACGAAAAAUUAGGAUAGAAAUAAUAUAGUUAUUUUAUACGUAUAAUGUUCCUUUCUUCUUAAUGAUCUUACUAUACAUUUUACCUUUUUACAAUUUUCGAAAAUAUUCGAAAGAAAGUAAGUAAUAUUCAUAUUAGUUAGUAUUGAUGAAAAUCCAAGAAUGAAAAUCUUUUCUAAAAAAGAAUUGCUUAUAUCAAAGUCCUCGAAUGCUAAUUGUUAUUUAGUUCUAUAUUCACGGAAGUUUAAGUUUUUAUACGUUUAGUGAAUACUAUAUUUUUAUUGUCUAUUAUGUUAUAACAGAAUUUUAAAAUGCCCCUUUCUAUUAUUCUCCAUUCUUCUAUAUUUUUCUCCUAUUCUACACUUGCAUUCAUUAGUAUCAUAUGUAUAAUUAAUUUUAGAUUAAUGAUUAAUUAAUAAUGUUUUAUGUUUGAAUAAGUAAUAAUUUCAAGCAUUAAGCAUUAUUAAUUAACGAAUAAAUUAGUAUGUAUUAUAAAUUUUUUCUUAUAACAUUUUAGUAACUUCUAUUUUGUUUAUAUUAUACACAUAUCAUUACACUGAAUGUGUUAAUCCAAUACCAAGAAAAUCAACGUUUCCCAAUAAUAUUUAGAUUUGCGUAUUUUCAAAACAAAGCCGACAAUCCCCGAUCUUCGAUUCUCGAAUAGCACCUCAUUAAUAAUUCGACGUUUCAUGUCCCUCCCGAGUAGGCCAAGAGCGUUUGUAUGUACCUAAACUGUACAUCAGGUGUACGAAUCUAUGCGUAAAACUGUAUGUACCGAGCCAGAUAUUUUUUAGUAAUACAAUUUAUUUAUUGUACGUCAUGUAAAGAAAGAAAGAGAGUAUGAGCGAGCGAGAGAAAGAAAGAAAAAAAAAAAGGACGAUCUUUUCCAAUCGUCACUGCCGACGAUCGUCAAUCCCCUCCCCCUUUUUCGCUUUUUUCUCAUUAAUACAACUUCUCUCACCCUCGUGUCGUCACUUCGAAAACAAGAUCGUUUGCUUCCUCCACAAAGACUGAGCAAAUCGUACAAUAAAUUUCCAUAAUCGCUUGAAUGCCUUGUGUCGUACGAUGACGAUGACUCGACGAGACCAAAAGAAAGAAAGAAAAAGAAACAAACGAAUCAUAUAUAGUCGAAUAUGAUGUCACGAAUAAAAUCACCCUUCUUCAAUCACGUUUUAUUCGAGUCGUGAUAGUGCUAUCGAAUGUGCACCUUCUAUAGAUGAAUUGUUAAGGGGAAAAAAAAAAAAAGAAUAGUAAUAUUAAAAAGUAAUAAUAAUAAUUUACAUUCAACGAAUUUGUUCAUCGUUUCGAGUCCCAACGAAUCGCGACCAAGGUGUAAAACGGGCAUUAAAACUAUUUCCAUUCAAUGGAGAUUUAAGAAAAGAAGGUGAAGGGAAGAAUAAAGAGGAAAAAGAGAGUGUGAGAGAGUUAAAAGGAAAAGAGAGCAGGGAAACCAUGACGCGUGAAUUUUGCUAUUUAGCUGUAGAGCUAUCCGGAACCAGAGUGACGUGCUUUGUUACCGGGCAUUAUGGGUCACGGUGAUGAAUUCAAGCUUGACCAAUUACAUAUACUUUACACACAGACACAUACAUACACAAAUAUACUUUCCCUUUGAAACAAUCAUAGAAUUGUACGCCGUGUGUCCGUUCAGUUCGAUCACUUUCUACGCGAAUAUUAGAGAUACCUUUACAAAUCCGCGAGAAAAUAGAAAAAAAAAAAAAAAAAAAAAAAGAAAGAAAAUAAAGAAAUUAAAAAAAAAAAAAAAAAUCGUUGAAUGUAUGCCUGCAGCUGCAAGUAACUUAGCGAUUCUUGCAUCGAGUUAUCCGCUCGAAAAAAAUUUCCUGCGCGAUGCCAUGUUGUCCCAAAGCGGAUGCUAUUUAUGAUAAAUAAGAGAUAUUUUCGUGUUAUAAAAAUGAAUCCAUUAGCGGCGAUACGCCCAUUCCGAUGCGUUGUAAAAAAAAAGAAAGGUGAAAGAAAAGAGAAAGAGAGUGAGCACGAUAAUAAAUGAUAACGAGGAUUCGGUCGAAAGGGUUGCCAAGGAGAUGCCGCUUUGUACAAAUUGACGAAGCGUCGUUUCACGUUAAUUCUCGUUCGCUAGUCCCGUCAAAGUUGUCCCUGGACAACGAUACGCAUAGAGUACAAUGUCCCCGUGGUGAUUUUUGUAUAAGUGAACAUAAAGUAUGCCCCCUCCUUUUUUUCCACCGAUGCUGUACACAUCCAUCGAUCGCCCGUGUCUCGAUUUUUAAGCGAGGAUAAAAAAGAGAAAGAAAGAAAGAAAAGAAUAAUAAAAAGAGAGUAUAUUACAUUAUUAAGAAAAGUGUCCGCUUUAGAUUUCGUAAAUGUCAAACUUACUGCCAGCUGAGUGUAACAAAGAAAUAAUAAAAAAAAAAAAGUAUAAAGAUCCAUUUGCGUGAGCCGGUAAUAAAGACGACGUGUGUCGUCGUUGUUGCAAUGUGCCGGAAACGCAUAAUCAUUCAUGCAAUAAAUUGUGUGCCCGAAACGAAUAAAUGAAAAAAAAAAAAAAA